AACAUAACCACUGAAUAGAACGCGACGGUAGUGUAGAAGGAAUAUCUUUGGAAGCUGUUUGCUAGACUACAACAACAUUGAUUUGACAGCUAACGUUAUUCAGCACCUGCAAAUAUGGCAGAAGUCGAAGAGACACUAAAGAGAAUUCAAACUCACAAAGGUGUAAUUGGAACAAUAGUUGUUAAUGCCGAGGGUAUCCCAAUCAGAACUACCUUAGACAACUCCACCACGGUGCAGUAUGCUGGUCUUCUGCACCAGCUCACUAUGAAAGCCAGGAGCACAGUCCGAGACCUCGACCCUCAGAACGACCUGACCUUCCUCCGCAUCCGCUCCAAGAAGCAUGAGAUCAUGGUGGCACCUGACAAGGAGUAUCUAUUGAUAGUCAUCCAGAACCCCAGUGAAUAGCCCCAGGAGGUUCCUGUGAGAGUCAGGCAGUAGCUCCUCACACACUGAUCUUUGUAUCUGUUAAGAAUAUAUGUUUUGCUAAACUGGACCACAUAUUUUGCUUUGUGCAUUUUCUAAUUUUUCCACUGUAAUAUGUUUCUUUAUUCUAUUCAUUCUCCUUCUUAGCCAUUGUCAUUAAUACUUUUUGGGGGGAAGAAACAAGGACGUCAUAACAAUUGGAGCAUUGUGUAUGUCCUAUUUUCCUAUGUCCCGUGUCCACCCCUGUAUGUUGAUAUGAAUAUAGUCUAUGUAAGGAGGGUAGAUUAACUCAGAAUAAAGUAAUUCAGAUUCAAUGUAGAAGAACUGAGGAAGGUCAAUGUGUCAGAGCUGUAGUGUAUGGUCAGAGUAACCACUGAGCAGCAGUAUCAGACAUGUUUCAUUUUCAUUCAACUGUUUGUUCUAAAAGAGCUUCCUGGGGCCUGAUUGAGUUAACAAACUGUCCAAAAUGGUUUGAAAUAAGUAUUUUUGGGGGAAUUAUAGAAUUAACGAAGUAUCAUUAACAACCCAUGUACAAAUGUAGCUUUCUUAAUCAGAAAAUCAAAGUCAUGUGUGGCUGUUUUAUCAAAGUUGGCUGGCUAAUUUAAUAAUUCUGCUUUCCAGAAUACCCCACUCUGGUAUAAAUCUAUGGUGUGGACUCAAAUCAAUUACCAGAUCAGGCCAGCAAAGGGCAUGUGGGCUGUCACAGCACAUUCUCAGUUUUGUGAUUUUACAUUUUAGCAGACAUUCUUAUCCAGAGCAACUUACAGUAUUGAGUGCAAAAAUGUAUACUUGUUUUUUACACUUUCAAAACAGAUGUUCAGAAUUGAGCCUGUAUGUGGGUGUGAUAAUAUAAAGAGAAUGAGGGAAAUGUUACUAGUGACCAUAGCAAGUACAUAUCCACCACAGCCACUACUUCUGGAGGUGGGAAUGUGGUCUACAUGUGCCUCUCCUCGGGUUCCAGGUAUUGGCUCACUUUUAUUAGGCUAGAACAAACUUUGUUGUUUUACUUUACAAUGUGUCCCUAAUAGAUAGCCUAAUUAUUUACAUGGUAGUUAAAUAGGAUAUGAUGGUCAUCAGUUACACAAGUACAGUGUAUUACACUGUUGUUGAAAAGCACUUAAAGGGAUAGUUCACUCAUGACAAAAUUAUAUUGGUUUCCUUACCCUGUAAGCAGUCUAUGGACAAGGUAUGACAGCAAUCAAUGCUUUGGUUUAGGUAAAGGGGAUACCUAGUCAGUUACACAACUGAAUGCAUUCAACCGAGGUGUUUCUUAACCCAACCUCUCAGAGAGGUGCGGAGGGCUGCCUUAAUUGACGUCAUUGGUGCCCGGGGAGCAGUUGUUCGGGGUAAUUGCCUUACUCAAGGGCAGAACGGCAUGGGGAUUCAAACCAGCGACCUUUCAGUUAGUAACCCAACACUUACCCGCUAGGCUACCUGCCGCCCAGAUGCUGUAAUAUUUUAAAGUACUAUUUUCCUUACUGUAAAACAUUACAGCAUUCCAACUCUAGCACCAGUAUAAUGCUGUACAUUUACAGGGAAAAGUUUUCGUGCAUGACAGCAAUCCAUGCUAUGGUUUAGUUUCCCUGGCACUGUUUCCACAUGCUAUCGUUUUAGCAUUUGUGGUAAAAAUCCCAUUUAAGUUAUAGGACCAAUAUUAGCAUUUUUCAUGCAAACUAAGCAUGGAUUGCUGUCAUACACUGUAAAACUUUUCCCUGUGAAUGUACAGCAUUAUACUGGAACCAGAGUUGGGACGCUGUAAUAUGUUUUAUGAUAAGGAAAAUAGCAUCUCUGCUGUAAAGCAAAAUUACAGUAUUAAACUGGCAACUCUGGUGCCAGUGUAAUGCUGUAAAUUUACAGUAAUUCUCCCUGAAAUCUAAAUGUAAGAAAAACCAAUUUGUACAAAAUACGUUUAUUCAAAUUGGUAAAAACAUUUUAAAAAUGUACAAUAGAAGUAACAGUUAACACGUAACCAAAUGAGAGCAUCAUUACAACACAAAUUUUAAAACUAUAUUGUGUGUCUGGUUGUGGGGAGAAAGACGAGCUGAGAGCUGAGUGAUCCAAUCACACAGGGUUGUGACAGCUAAGGAGGAAGGACACUGUGUCCUGGUGUUGUUGCCUUUCAUGCUCUCCCCAUUAAGUAGACUAUCACAGUGGCAUCUAGAUGGAUACCAAUAUUAGUUAUUUCUUGAGUAGGUGGCUAUCCUACUUGAAACUAUAAUCCUGGGAGGGAAAAGGUUGGCCAUGCUACCUAGGUCGGGAGGCCCCUCGAUACAAAACCGGUGCAUGGGUUAUUCGCAGCGGCUUUAGUGGUUUGCGAGUAGUUUAGCGGCUCAUGCCGUGGUUGCUCCGGUGAUUUACCACAGCCACAAAGUCAAUUAUGGCUAAACCCUGUCUAAUUCUACAAUGUAUCUUCUUAAAAUCACAUUUUAAACCUAACCCUCACUGAAACUUAUGCCUAACCUUUUAAGACCAAAAAGCACAUUUUUGUUUGCAUGAAUUUUUACAAUGGUAUCUAGUGACAAUCAUCUUUUGAACCGCUAGAAACAAGCAAUUUUCUCUCUAGUCAUGGUAAAAACAUAACGGUCACGAAUCGGCGCUCAGUUUAUUCUGCACUCAGAGGCUGCAGUACAGGCAGCAAAGCCUACUAUCACAACAGUUAACGUAAACUCGUACAUCGCCUUGGUCCGUACAAUUGCCCUUAUUUUAGCGCCCCAAAAACGUAAUACUUCCAGAUCAAUACCAUUGUAAAGCACAAUUUCGCCCCUUUCCAACAGAAUCAUGUACAUGACCUAAACGCUGCCCGUUUCUGCAUAAUUCAAGCAGGCAAUGAGCCCCGUCGGGUCUUUUUAAAAAUGGAGGUGGGGAAGGUGGGGAAGCAAAACUAAUGCGUGAUAGAAGGAGAGAUGUUUGGGAAGUUUGCUUUUUUUCCACUCGAUCUGUCCAACUUAUCACCUUAUCGCCUCUAAAAUGUAAAUAAAACACUAUAAAGAGUUUAUAUAACGUGUCAUUACAUACCUAUUUGAAGGUUUGUGUCGAAUAUGAAUCGGGUUUUUAGGGCGGUGCUAGGGUGAUCUUAGAAGUAGACAGCGGCUUUGGGAAUGAUGACGCAAAAAAUGACUCCUUACCCCCGUCACUGUCCAAUUCUUGUUUUUAAACGAUGAGAGAAGUGCUACACCUGGUGGAGAGAGAUUGUAAGACAGAAAUAGUUGCUUUAUGCGUGCUGUACGUUACGACAUGACACGCCACGAUGUAACGGAUGGUCAGUUUUUUUCAACUUUUCUCCAAUACUAUGGAGCCAUUACCAUGUCGAUCAACGCUUGAAUAGAAACCUAGUUCACACCCCCAAUUUUGAAGUCAACACAGUCGCUACAGUCCCAUUAGUUUUCUUUGUAGCCUCGUUUGCAUGUUGCGGUUGCGCACAUUUGUACGGAAUGGGGUGAGUUUACCUUAUCUGGGUGAUUUUUUUUUUUUCCUACAUCGCACAGCAAGAUAUUUACAAGCGAUUUAGAGCAGACGGAAAUGGCUAGAGCAGACCGAAAGAGCUAGAGCAGACCUAAAGAGCUAGCUAGGUUAGCUAAGAAAAUAUGCAGUAAUUCAAUGUUGGCUAACAAUAAAAAUACUUAACAAGUCAAGGUAUCAACCCAGCAGCUGCUGAAAAUAUUCUUCCACUUCAAGAUUUACUAAAAUAGUCUGAGCUUUAUGUGUCUUGGAAGGAGGCUUCCGAUUACAGUUAAUACCAGUAUUUUUAUGCAUUUUACCCAUAAUGCAUUGCAAUCUACAGCAUUAAUGCUGUAAAACACAUUUAUGGUAUUUUACUGUGCAUUCUAGUGUUUUACUGUUGAAAUUACAGAAAAGUCUUAGUGUACCUUACAGCUGUGACGACCCACCGUCUGCCGAAUUCUCUCUGCUCUCGUUUUCCCUAAUAGGAUGUCAGUGGGCGGAGCCGGGAGGGUCGUCAGCGAAAUGGGACACACCUGGGCUAGGGUGUGUCCCAGGGAUAAAUUACACCUUACCCCCAUUCAUUUAGACUCUGUGCAGACACUUAUUUUUGUUUGCUUUGGCACUGCAACACCCCUCAUCACCAUCUAUGCAUUUAACCACUCACUUACACUACUGAAUACUGACUACACACACACCAUGUUAAUUGUAUAUAGUUUACUUAAGUUAAUAUAUUUUUGUUAUUCCUUAUCUCCAUGUCUGUUACGUGCUACGAGCCAGUUCAUGACACAGCACAGGUGUCAAACUAAUGCCACGGAGGGCCAAGUGGCUGCAGGUUCACUCCUACCCUGUACUUGAUUGAUAAAUGGUCACUAAUUAGUAAGGAACUCCCCACACUGGGUUGUCUAGGGCUAAAUGAAAGGCAAAACCAAAAACCUGAAGACACUAGGCCCUGCAUGGAGUGAGUUGACACCCCUGGAUUAUAGGUUAAGGAAACUAAUGUGUAAUUUAGCUGAACUAUCCCUUUAAAACAGAUUAUGUUCUUUAGAUCUUGUAUAGUGAUAUUGAUCAACCUAACAAUUUAACAUAGAAAUCAAAGUAGAUGACACAAUGUGAACCAAAGUACCUCCACUUCAUGAAAUGGUUCUUCUACUUCAUUUGACAAACAUUAUAUAAAAAUACAAUCUUAUAUUCAUUAAAGGCACACAAUCAACAUACAGUAUAAAGUACUAGUUUCAUUAAAGCUUUACUAAUGUCCAAAAUACACACAUUUUGAUUAGUGCAACAGCCAAGCCAAAAUACUUAAUAAUCAAGUAUAAUACCCUGGAAUAGUUCAGCAGUAUUGCACGCUGACAUUGAAGUCUUUCACUUCACAAUCAUUCCCUCCACCAUUGAAGUGCAUGUAUGCCUAAUUUGUUUAUACUUACAAUAUGAUGAAAUAAAUUGGUUGACAGAGAUCCUGGGUAAGGCCUCAGAUCCACGAGGGACACAGAAAAAGAUUGAGAAGUAAAAGGCAUUUAGCAUAUGCAACUUUUUGAGAUCUGGUAGAAUUGGAUAGGUGUCCCACAAUGACAUAAAUUCCACAUGGCCUUUCAGACCAGAUGGAGCAAGAUUCAACGUUUAUUUGCCACGUGCACAGGAGUAAAACAGUACUGUGUACUACCAUAUUGCGGUACCUAUCCAAUCCUCUCUGAUCUACACAAGCGCCUAGGCCAGUGUUUCCCAAAUUCAGUCCUUGAGUACCACCAACAGCACAUAUUUUAGUUGUGGUCCCAGACAAACUCACCUGCUUCAACUCAUUGAGUGCUUGAUGAUUAGUUGACAAAUUUUAUCAGGUGUGCUUGUCCGGGGCUACAACAAAAAUGUGUGCUGUUGGGGGUACUCGAGGACUUGAGUUGGGAAACACUGGCCUAGAGGGUAUGGGCAAUUUUAACCAGCCCAUUGACUCAGCUCUCACUAGGACCCCAGACAGCAUGCAAAUAAAAAUGGGAAUAUAUACAGUACCAAUCAAAAGUUUGGACACCUAGUCAUUCAAGUGUUUUUCUUAAUUUUGUACUAUUUUCUACUUUGUAGAAUAGUGACGACAUCAAAACUAUGAAAUAACACAUGGAAUCAUGUAGCAACCCCAAAAAGUGUUAAACAAAUCAAAAUAUAUUUUAUAUUUCAGAUUCUUGAAAUGAACCACCCCCUGUGUACUGUGUGGAAAGCACAGUACACAGUAUCUAGUGCCCCACCGAAGAGAACCAGGACCCAGUUUUAAUAAGGAAUUGACAACACUGCACUAACGGACAGUGUGUGUAGCAGAAUAACAGAGACAGGGUGUCCUUCUUUUCCUGUUUGUGCUGAGAAGUAGUAGUGGCUUCCUAGUUCUGUCAGGGAUGUGGUCCGUCACUGGACUGAGAAUAGAUAUGCAGAAAGCUCACAACAAAUCUUUGUCUCAUUUUUAUUAGACUUAUAUAGAAGGAUAUUUCAUAUGUGACAUGAUUACAAUCAAGGUAAUAUAAUAAAAUAGAUUUAUGGUUUGUUUUGGCAGCAAAGGGUAACCUUGGCCAGAUGUUGGCAUAGAGUAAGUUGUAAAGCACCUGAACUUAUCCUUCGCUGUACAUAUUGCCAGUGGUGUAAAGUACUUAAGUAGUACUUUAAAGUAUUUUUUACUUUUUAUUCUUUUGCCUAUUUUUACUUCACUACAUUCCCUGACACCCAAAAGUUAUAUUUUGAUAGGAAAAUGGUCCAAUUCACACACUUAUCAAGAGAACAUCCCUGGUCAUCCCUACUGCCUCUGAUCUGGCAGACUCACUAAACACACUUAUCAUGAGAACAUCCCUGGUCAUCCCUACUGCCUCUGAUCUGGCAGACUCACUAAACACACUUAUCAAGAGAACAUCCCUGGUCAUCCCUACUGCCUCUGAUCUGGCAGACUCACUAAACACACUUAUCAAGAGAACAUCCCUGGUCAUCCCUACUGCCUCUGAUCUGGCAGACUCACUAAACACACUUAUCAAGAGAACAUCCCUGGUCAUCCCUACUGCCUCUGAUCUGGCAGACUCACUAAACACACUUAUCAAGAGAACAUCCCUGGUCAUCCCUACUGCCUCUGAUCUGGGAGACUCACUAAACACAAACUGAUCAUUUCUAAAUUAUGUCUGAGUGUUGGAGUGUACCCCUGGCUAUCCAUCAAUUUAAAAAUAUAUAUAUGUAAUUGUGCCAUCUGGUUUGCUUCAUAAGGAAUUUGAAAUAGUUUAAACUUUUACUUUGAUACUUAAGUACAUUUUAGCAAUUCCAUGUACUUUUGAUACUUAAGUAUAUUUAAAACCAAAUACAUUUAGACUUUUACUCAAGUAGUAUUUUACUGGGUGACUCACUUUUACUUUAGUAUUUUCUAUUAAGGUAUCUUUACUUUUACUCAAGUAUCAGUACUUUUUCCACCACUGCAUAUUGCCGGUGUAGGGAGUAUGAUAUAUGUGGGAGAUUCUUAAUGAGGACACAAGGUGGUCAAGUCUACAUCCUUGUAGAGGAAUCUCAUUUCCAAGUCAGCAGGGCAUUUUCCAGAUGUAAAUAAUAAAAUGGUUCCACUUUACAA